AUGAACGUAAAACUGCCACCUGGACCAACAUCUGGCCUCUUUGUACAAGCCCCUUCCAAUGGGAUAAAAACAGAAGCUGUUCCUAUUUUGGAAGCCCCAAGUCAUUGUGGGUACUCUGUAAAAAGGGGUAAAGAUGGUACCAUCAACAUCCUCCUGCCUUACUCUUCCUGUCACAUGACUCAGAAGGAUGGGCUGUACAGAAUUAUAUUAAAAUAUCAGAUACCAAAAGGGCGCACAGUUGAGUCAUUGCUGGAGUGUCAGGCUUUGUUCAGUCAAGAGUGCAACGUUGCACCUGAUCAGCAGUUGGUCUGUGGAUCUGGAGCGUUAUCAUCAUCAGAGUGCCACGACAGAGGCUGCUGUUAUUCUACAGACACCCAAUCAUGUUAUUACCCCAUGGACGAAUGCACAAUGGAUCGGCAUUUUGUUUUCUCGGUUCACUCAUCCGCCGCUGAUCCGCCCCUGUCCCCCGCCAGCUUUGUCACUGCUGGCGACAGCUCUUGCACACCCCAAAAAGUCACUGCUGACAUGGCCCUCUUCAAGAUCCCUCUGGAUGAAUGUGGGGUGCACAGAUUUGAGGUGGGUAAAACGGUCAUCUGUAUGGUGGAGAUCCUGAAUGGAGUGCAGCCCCUCAGUCUAAAUUAUGGCACCAUCACUAGAGAGUCGCCUGUAAGGCUACUGGUUGAGUGUUGCUAUUUACCUGGAUCUGUGGUAAGUGUGGGUUAUCUGGUGAAAAGCCCCUGCCUCAGACCUUCUAUCAAAGCUCAGGGGGUGUUUGGAGUUUGCAAAAAACUCAGGAUUGCAAAAGAUGAACACUACAAUGAUUAUUACCCACAAUACCACCAGCCCCUGCAUAUGCUGCUGGGAAAACCCCUUUACCUGGAAGUGCAUCUGCUAAAUCCUCCAGACCCCACUGCUAUGCUGCUGGUGCAUUACUGUGUUGCAUACCCACGCUCUGCAAAAUAUGCCUGGAUCCUUAUUUAUGAUGGGUGGCCAAAUUUCCUUGACCAGACCCCAACCCACAAGCCUCUUGCUACACCUGCAGAGGCCCUGAUCAAUCAUCUUAGACGAUUCACAAUCACUACAUUCCAGUUCCUGUCUGAAGAUGCCAAUCUGCAGACAGACGAGGAGAUAUUUAUUUUGUGUUCAACUGAGGUUUGUCUGCCCUCAGAUGGUCCAUGUGUUGAGGGCUGCUUUGCAGGUGAGUGUCAGCCAUUGCACUUCAUUAUGGCUGUAUGCAAUUACAGCCAUAAUUUAUGGUUUAUGAAUCUCUGA